GAUACCGCAAAGCCCACUCUCACUGCUACUACCAGUAUGCCUCCUCACAACCCAUCUCUGGUGUCAUCUCUUUGUUUCCGCCGCGAUGAACUCCAGAUCGCGUAUCCGUAAGCAGCUGAUUUCGAAAAAUCAUGGCUUCCUCACAGGUUUUCCCUCUGAGUUGCGAAAUCAGAUCUACGAGUACGUCUUCGAGGACUUUAAUCAUGCUAUAUUGGUCACGCACACGGCCGCUUCAACGGGUGACGGCAGGCCAAUGAACGCAUCACCACGUAUGGGAACCAACGAUUCCAUUCUCUUUUGCAACAUACCGUCUGUACAGCUGCUUCGGUGCUGCCAACAGAUCUACCGGGAAGGCAUGGAUGUGAUCCUGAACGGGACGACGGUCAUGUUCAAAAAUCGGCGUGACUGUUUCCUCUUCCGGGACAGGGAUCACCUGCCAUUUACCCAUCACCAUCACAACGACGACUACAAGCGUAUAGAUCUCCUACCUUUACUAAGCAUCAUGGUCGGCUUGUCGCCACCAGUAUUGGACGUCGAGUUCACGUCGAGCCCACCAUCACCGUCGAUCCCAUCGCUACCGGGGUAUAUGAAUGAUCGCCUGAGGUUAGGUCAUCUCAAUUGAAAGAUCCUCCGGAUCAAGACGUACUGGAAGAAGCGUUGUACUUCCUUGUGGCACGAGAUCCAUUAGAUCUUCGUAGACUUGGCGAUCUAG